GCCUUAAGGGCGGCGGCAGCGCCGGGUGUCUCAGUCGGCCAGUCAGCCGGCUGGGAGGCGCGGUCCGGCGUUCGCGCGGCGACGACGGCUAUGGCGGCGGAGGAGGAGGAGGUGGGCUCGGCGGACACCUGCGAGAGGUCAGGAUGGCUAACUGGUUGGCUUCCCACCUGGUGCCCUACAUCUACAUCACACCUUAAAGAAGCUGAAGAGAAAAUUUUAAAAUGUGUCCCCUGCACAUACAAGAAAGAACCCGUUUGUAUAUCGAAUGGGAAUAAGAUAUGGACACUGAAGUUCUCUCACAAUAUUUCAAACAAGACUCCGCUUGUCCUCCUCCAUGGUUUUGGAGGAGGUCUUGGACUCUGGGCACUGAAUUAUGGAGAUCUUUGCAACGAUAGACCCAUCUAUGCCUUUGACCUGUUGGGCUUUGGACGAAGUAGCAGGCCCAGGUUUGACAGUGAUGCGGAAGAAGUGGAGAAUCAGUUUGUGGAAUCCAUUGAAGAGUGGAGAUGUGCCCUGGGAUUGGACAAAAUGAUCUUGCUUGGACACAACCUGGGUGGGUUCUUGGCUGCUGCUUACUCUCUGAAGUACCCCUCAAGGGUUAAUCAUCUCAUUUUAGUGGAGCCUUGGGGUUUUCCUGAGCGGCCGGACCUUGCCGAUCAAGACAGGCCAAUCCCAGUGUGGAUCAGAGCCUUGGGAGCAGCACUGACUCCCUUUAACCCUUUGGCUGGCCUCAGGAUUGCAGGCCCCUUUGGCUUAAGUCUCGUGCAGCGUUUAAGGCCUGACUUCAAGCGGAAGUAUUCUUCAAUGUUUGACGAUGACACUGUGACAGAGUACAUCUACCACUGCAACGUGCAGACUCCAAGUGGUGAGACAGCGUUCAAAAAUAUGACCAUUCCCUACGGAUGGGCAAAAAGGCCAAUGCUCCAGCGAAUUGGCAAAAUGCACCCUGACAUUCCGGUUUCGGUGAUCUAUGGCGCCCGAUCCUGCAUAGAUGGCAAUUCCGGCACCAGCAUCCAGUCCUUGCGACCACAUUCGUACGUGAAGACGAUACCCGUCUAUCCUGAGCUUUCAGUGGCCUCACAGGCCUUGCUCUCCCUGCCACCGAGGGCUCCAGAAACUUGCAACAUUUCACUGGUACACUGUUCCGGAGGCCUCUGCCCUCUCUGGAAUUUACUUCUCCUGUUUAUGGUUGGAGCCAGGCUGGUUCGCUGUCAUCCAGUAGCCUUAGUGCCGCAAAUUUUUACGAAGCCGACAGAAGCAAAACGGUUGAAUUCUUGAGGAAUGCCAGAUUCGACUUCGGUUGGUGGAGAGGUGCAAUAUUCUGCCUUACUCGGAACCCCGCGGCGUCAACUGUAGUGGAAGAUUAGUGAAGGCUUAGUAGCCUGGAAGCCGGCAACAGGCUCGAGGGGUGAACGCUUUCAAACUUCCUCAUUGCUGAUGGAGACUAUUCCCAGUCCCCUAAAACUAACCCCCAAAACCCUAAAGGGUGAUCACGCUCCUGACACGUUCCCUCCGCAUCUCCGCCGUCCAAUGCCGAUCACAAAGGAGUUUGAAAAUAAUGAUCUGAUCUCAGAAGGGGUUUGUUUACUAUGCUGAUUCGGAGGAGGGAGGAUCUGGAAUUCCGGUAAUCACAGUCCUGUGACCUGUGAAUUGGGGCUCUGACACGUACCUCAUCAUUAAUCUUUGGCCUGGGGGGACAGGAGCCGGUCGUUAGGUCAGAGGUCGCACACAUACCUCUCCUCCAACUACCGGAGACACCGCUGAGAGCCCGGAAGGGGAAUAAGGCCUGAGCGCCGAAAACAGCCACCACUGAGCCUUGAACAUAAGACCCCGGGUGCAGGAAGACGCAGAGAUCCUCCCUCAACACUCAAGCAGCUGGCAUUCUCACCACAGAUGGAAACUGCUCUUUUCAAUCUGCUGGGAGGCUUGUAAGAGCAAGGGUUUCCUGGCUCCUGAGAGACUGGGCAGCAAGGAAUAAGCUGGUGCCUGUUCCACCCUGGCUACCAGUUCUGUGGACCUCAUAAUCGCGUGGGUUCCAUCCUAAGGCCAAUGUGCAGCUGCGGAAGUGUGUAUGAGGAGGGUGGGGGGUGGGACAAGGUACAUUUAACAGGUAUCUCCAGGGGCGCCUGGGUGGCUCAGUCGGUUGAGCGUCCGACUUCGGCUCAGGCCAUGAUCUCACGGUCCGGGAGCUCGAGCCCCGCGUCGGGCUCUGUGCUGACAGCUCGGAGCCUGGAGCCCGCUUUGGAUUCUGUGUCUCCCUCUCUCUCUCUCUGCCCCUCCCCUGCUCAUGCUUUAUCCCUCUCUGUCUCAAAAAUAAAUAAAACCAUUUUAAAAAACUAAAGAAAAAAGAGUGAGAGCAAAAUAACGAUGCUCUUGAACUUGCAAAAUCCCAGCCGAGGCUGGAUGUACAAUUUGUGGGGCGCAAAAUGAAAUAGUGGAGCCUCUCGUUAGAAACUAUAUUAGGAAUUUUAGCGUGGCAACAAUGGCAGAAGAGUCAGAGUCACUGUGAUGCGAUGAGGGAAAGGCUGCCAGCCAUUGCUGGCUCUGAAGGGGCAAAGGGGGCCCGAGUCAAGGAACGCAGGCAGCUUCCAGAAGCCGGGAUGGCAAAGAAGUGCGUUGUCUCCCAGAGCAGCCUGAGGUAACACACCUUGAUUUUAGCCCAGCCAGAGCCAUUUGGACGUUGGGCCCCCAGAACCGUAAGACGAUAAAUCUGGGCUCUUUUAAACCACCGACUUGGUGGUGACGGGUUACAGCAGCAGUGGGAAGUUAUUUUGCCCUCGGUGACAGAGACAGACUCUCAACUAAUACAAAAUCAAAGCCGGGACGAAACAAAUACUCCAAAACGCUGGGGUGGAAAUUCAGUUGUCUGCCAUCGACACGAGAACAACAACAUCAAACGAGUUGUGAAGCUUUCUUCACUCUAACGUACGUGUUCCACAUGUAUGUGUGCCAGCCAGGGAGCUAACUAAGCGAACAGGACGGAUGAGCCUCUGGUCUUGAACGUGUCCCGGGCACUUAAGGCUGGGGAGAGGAGCGGUUUAAAAGGCAUUCGUUUAGGGGCACCUGGUGGCUCAGUCGGUUAAGCGUCCGACUUCGGCUCAGGUCACGAUCUCGCGGUCCAGGAGUUUGAGCCCCGUGUCGGGCUCUGUGCUGACAGCUCAGAGCCUGGAGCCUGUUUCGGAUUCUGUGUCUCCCUCUUUCUGACCCUCCCCCGUUCAUGCUCUGUCUCUCUCUGUCUCAAAAAUAAACAUUAAAAAAAAAUUUUUUUAAAGGCAUUCGUUUAGAUCUACAUAAAUAAUUACAGCUUCUAGGAGCACUGGGAUGCACACUCUGGGCGCUGCCGUUGAGACUCUGUGGCUGGUGGCCAGGGACACGUCGAAGAGUGGAUCUUCAGCUGGGGGACAGGCUGCAGGACGCGGCCUCCCUUCUCAGAAAAGGGUGAGGUGACCUCAGCAGGUGCCGCUCGGAGCUUCUGCUCUGGGGAAAGAUGGACUGACGGCCCCAGAAGCGGCCCCUCCAGACCCGCCUCUGUGUUCCCCUCGAGGCCACACUUAUCCCAGCCAGCCCCAGCCAGUGACCGAGCGUGGUGGGGGGCUCAGCAGCCAGGCGUCCCUGCCUGACGUGGGGCUCGCCCAGCGGGCACUCCCCGGCCACUGCCAGAAGCCUUCCUGGAGCCUCACCGUGGUCUGUGACCUUCAUGUCUCGUUUCCUUCUUCUGUCUUCCCUUUCGCACAGGUCAGCCCGCCCUGCCUCCUCCAGCUCCUUCUCUUCUGGAGGCGUUUUCCUCUGCAAAGGCCUUGAGCACCUACUGCUGUGUGACAAAUUACCACAAAAUUAGCGGCUUAAAGCAAAACAUAUUUAUUAUCUCACAGCUUGUGGAUGAGGAACCUGGGCACGGGGUCACUCGUCCUGUGCCUCAGGACCUUUCCCAAGGCUGCAGUUAUGACGGCGCCCAGGGUGGGGCUCUCAUCUGAAGGCUUGAGUGGGGAAGGACUUUUCCAGGCGCACGUGGUUGCCGGGGGGGAUUCAGUUCCACUCGGCCUGAUAGAUGGAGGGCUUCCGUUCCUGCCUGGUUGUCAGCUGAGGCCACCCUCAGUCCUUUGCCAUGUGAACCUCCCCGGUGUGGUCACUCCGCUCACCAAAGCUUGUAAGCUAAGAAGGCAAUGGAAUGGGCCGCCAAGACAGAAAUUACCAUCUUAGGCACUGUAAUCACAGAAGUAACACCUUCUCAGCUUUGCCAGGUUCUGUUGGUUAGAAGAAGUCACGUGACUCCCCCACACUCCAGGGAGGGAGGGGCUCACACAGAGGCACGGACACCAGCUAGCAGGGGUUGCUGGGACGGCUUUCAGCCUGUUUGCCGCCGUGUGCCUUCUCAGUAGGGUCUGCCAGCUGCCGGAGACCCGGUGGUGCCCUCGGUCUCCAGAAAGCCCUGCCUGGUCUCCCUGAAGUCGGCAGAGCAAAUGUCUUGCCCAUAAACAUCUCGCGUGGGUUCAAAGGCAAUCAUGUAGCCACUAUUUGUCCAAUGAACAUAUCGAUGUGUUGCAAAUGAAGGCGGCUUUGAGAAAACAGAGUCUGGCACCGCUAAUAGGUUGUUUUAGAUUUGCAUCAUAAAACCGAUUUGUCAGUUUUGUGUAUUAAAAGGUCAAAAUUUCAAGCCAUGCAAUAAAAAAAAAAAAAAAAGAGCUUAAACAUUCAAGAACAAAAUUUUCCACAGUACACCCUUGUGUUUGCCUUUCACAUCUGGACCAUUGUCCUAGUCUUGCCCUUCUCGGCCGUUUACAUUGGAAUCACGUUUCUCUUGAAGAAACUGGAACAAAUACAGCACUUCCUUUUAAAUGUCCUUUUCUCAGAGAGAAAAAACAUAUUUUUGGAUACAUAGAUACUUUUCCAGAAGAAUAGUGCCAUAAAAUUUUAAAAGACUGUGUGCAAAGCGCAGUGACUGCGUUAGGUGAACCCCCUCCAUUGGUGCCUGUUAGAUGACGUUCGUUGAGAAUUGAUUCUCUAACACCGCCGCCGGUUUUUUCCCGGCACAAGAAUCAGGCCGGUGCUCACCCUGCAAAGCCGUGUCGGAAAGUCAGGAAGCCCGGACUCUUGUCCCAGCUCUAGCACAGAUGAGCUCCCCGUCUGUACUACGGUUUUGUUGUUUGCGGGAGGAGAGGUUCAGAUGAAAAAUCUCUCUGAGCCUUUCAGGGACCUGUCAGUCCACAGUGAGCUCUCAGGGGUGAACAUGAUUAGGUGCUGUGGUUCUCCAGCCGGAUCCCCUUUACUGGGCUUGUGCCAAAGGAGCCAUAGACAAUAUGUAGAGGAACGGGUGUGGCUGGGAGCCAAUACAGCUUUCCAAAACCAGCCACCCAGUCUGUGGGCCAAAGUUUGCCCACUCCUGUGGACUUGAGCAGUGCACAGACUGCACCAUCAUACGUGACAUGCACAUCAUACAUUACAAUCUAGACGGUGCUACCCUGGGAAUGGCUAAGUAUUGGGGCCCGGAGAGCAGCACCCUGGUCCUUGGUGGGGUGGGAGUGACGGAAUGUGGAAGGACCUCGGAGAAGAAAGUGGGAUGGCCACCUAACCUGCCCAAAGGUUUAUGCCCUCCAGGAAAAUCAGGCUCUCCGCAGUUGACAAGAGGGUGUAGGAUGACGUGAGGCCCUGUUUCCCAGGGUGUGAGGAAAGCAGGUGGACCUGGUGACCUGCUCUCAUGGAAUCUGGCCACCCUGCUUCGUAGGUGCAGCUCUGCUCCUGCGUGGAAGCGGGGUGUGGCCAGGUCAGCAUUACAGAAGGAAACCCUCUCGUGGCAGCACCACACGUGUGGGAAUGGACUAGAAAGGUCUUAGUCCUCACUUCCCUGGAACUCCAUUCCUGGGCUCCCGGGGCUGUGGGCCAGUGCAAAGCCGGUUAAACCUUCGGCUGUUCCCAGCAGCAGCAACUCCAGCAGCCCAAGAACAGGACAAAAUGCAGGAGAGAGAUUGAAGAAGGAGCUGCUUUGAGCGGAUCGGGCCGGGAUUGGAUAAGGCGGGUGGAAAACGCAUUUGUCUGACAAGCUCCAGGCUGCUGGCGAAGCCCGUCGUGAGGAGUUCUGCCCAGCACGUGCUGGGACACAGUGCCAUGCUCAGGAGUCGGGGGCGAAUGAGACGAGGCUGGAAGAAUGGACGUGGGCCAGGGAGGGAGAGGUGGGGAGAGCGAGGAGGUCCUGCUGGGACAUGGGUAAGGCCGUUGCUUCCCGGGAAUCCGGUCUGCUCAGCAGGGCCGUGAGCAUUACCUCCCAAGGGAGACUCACGGGCCUGGUUCCGGCGGGGACAGAGGCAUCUCCCCGUGCUGCUUUUAAAAUCCUGAUCUCGGCUGUGGAGUGGGGGACCCAUCACGUGGCCGUAACGUUCAUACCGCUUGCCCGGAAAUUAAACUCAAGCAAACUUCUCAUCUCUUGCUUUGACUCAAGGCCCCGGGGGUGUCCCGCUCCGAAGCUGGCCAUGUACUCAGGAGCUGAAGGGGAAUAACUCAGGAAAGUCUACGGACUGAUCACCACCAGGAAGGGGGAACCAAAAAUAGUUUUCUAAAAAUGAUCUCCAGAGAAAGGAGCCCUCUCAGGGCUUCUGAGACCUGCACAGGUGGGCGGCUUCAUGGGGGCAGAGGAAUGCCCGGCAUUGAAGCUGGUCACGUGGCAGAGUAGCCUUGGGGUUCGUGUUAAAACUUCCGAGGCCCAGCCUACUGAAUCAGACUCUCGGCACGGAGGUCAGGGGUCUGUCUUUGCCGAGUUUCUUGAGUGCGUCGGACGUGCGGCCUGGUUUUUGGAAUCCUGGCCUACGGGCCUCUCGAGACUUCUGCGGGCCCUGGAACAGAGCUGAAGUGACUGCCCCCAAACUGUGCCCAUGCUGCCCCUGGCCUCUCUGCCCGACUCUGCUACGGUCUGGCAGACGGAGCCAGGAAGUUCAGGGUUAGGACGCGGUUCCUGCCGCCAAGAGCCCCCAGUACCGUGUUUAAGCACGGCACCAGCCGCGUGCCUUCCACCCCCACAGAAGGAAGGGAGGGGAACCAGCCCUCGAAUGGAGCAAACACGACGAAGGGACUGAGCUGUUCCACUGUGUCCUGUUGUCGUUGUGCUUGUUGGUUUACAUGCCGAUGAAAAUCCAAAGGGGCCGUGUCGUACCGCUCUCAAAGGCAGUUGAUACAAGGGGUCCUUCGUUUCUAUGAGCACCUGCAAAAUUCUAUCAGCAAAGUCAGAAAGUGCACAAAGAGAAAGGAGAGGAAGUUGGAAGAGUUGGAAAAUGUGCUAAAUGCACGCGGUGAUGAAGACGGUGUGCAAGGCAGAGCGACGGCAAAACCCACCGUCCGAUGGUCACCACGGAAGGCAAAUACCCGGCUGGACAUACAAACUGGAAGCACAUUCGGGUUAGAAUGAAAACGUGUAGGAAUAGAGGAUUAGAUCCAGAAAAUCACUCAGGCAGAGCAUUUAAAAAAGGCAUAGAACUAUCAGCAUUUGCUAGACUUCUCCGGUGAAGCCAUCUGGGCCUGGAGGUGUCUUUUUGGGAGCUUGUUAAUUACAAACCCAACUUCUUUCACGGCCGAAUGGUCCUAUAACCAUUAGAGAAAUUGAAUUCAGAAUGUAAAAGCUCCGGAAGAAAUAAGCCUCUUCUGGUUUCAGCUGUGACGUGUAGAGGACAGAGCAGUCCUUACUCCCGCCCUUAAGAGAAAGCUGGAAAACCCAGAAGUCCAGGGUUUCUCUAGGACUCCUCACAGAACGGAGGCCACAGGGCAAGCUGCCACUCUAGAGCCAAAGACUCACGGCCAGAGGUGGGUUUACUUGGAGCAGAAGCUAAUGUAAACUGGGGCAAGAGGAUUUUCAAGGACAAAACAGACAAAGGGAUGCUGUCCUUGGUAGAUAAAGGACUUGUACCUGCGGGUAGGGGCUGGGCACAGAUUCCAGAGAGAGCACGCGCCAGUUAGACAUUAAAAAAACGCUCCAGACAGUUAAGAAAAAAAUGUUCUGGGGCACCUGGGUGGCUCAGUCGAUUAGGCGUCCGACUCUUGAUUUCGGCUCAGGUCAUCAUCUCAUGGUUCGUGAGAUCGAGCCCCGCGCUGGGCUCCACGCUGACAGUGCAAAGGCUGCCUUGGAUUCUCUCUCUCCCUCUCCCUCCCAAUCUCAAAAUAAAUAAAUGAACUUUAAAAAAAAUGAAAAAAAUGUUCAAAUUAACUCAUGAUGCAAGAAAAGCAAGUUAUACCAAAGAGCUAGGCUUCUGAAAUUCUUGCUAAGCUGACUGGCAUGCACAUAUUCUCUGGUGGCCACAUUACGGGGUCACAUCCUUUCUAGAAGGAAUUUGGCAGCCGGUGUCACAGGGACUUUACGCACUGGGUGCCCUUUUCCCUGGUAACUCCAAUUCUAGAAAAUGCCUGGAGGAGACAAACACGCUUCAGGUCAAGAUUCACACACAGAGAUGUUCGCCUCAGCACAUUCCAAAUGCUGGUGAGAAGCGGGUGUGUAAAAAAUUUAUGGAACAUAUACUAUAAUGAAGGUUAAGGAUCCAUUAAAAUUCUGCUUAGAAAAAGUUCUUAAAAAUUUGAUGAAAAUGCUUAUGGUAGAGCGUCAAGGGGAAAAAAGAAUACAGAUGCGUGGCAGUCAAAGGAAAUAAGAUUGCUUAAAAGCAAUCAAAAGGAAAUAUAUAAAAUCUUAAAAGAGUUUAUGUCUGGGCAGUAGCUGGUAGGGUGAUUGGAAAAUACAGAUACAUGUUUUACACACGACGGGUUCAAUAAUAAACAUGCAUUUUUAUGUUGACUUCCAAAAAUCUUUU